GGUCCUGUUAACAUUAUCAGCCUGGAAAAAGCCUGUUUAGGAAAAACUAUUUGCAUUGCGAUGCUUAUCUCAGUUCAUCAGAACACAGGGCUCUCCAUUUCCAUCCACAUUCAGGUUUGGUCAUUAACGAGUGAGGAUGGACGCAGCUCUUGUUAACCAGACAAACACAUAUACCUCCUGCAUCACGGAGUCCUCAGUGGAAGGGUACAUGUAUCCAUCUGUUUAUUCUCUAUUUUUUAUGGUGGGCUUACCGGCUAACUGCCUAUCUUUGUAUGUGGCCUGGAUGCUGAUGAGGAGUGGAAACAGCAUGGCAGUCUACCUCAUCAACCUGUGCAUCUCUGACCUGCUCUACACAAUCUCUCUGCCUGUGUGGAUUGAGCUGGCCCUGCAGAGACCUAUGGGUGACCUUUGCAGUUUAGUGGCAGUGAUCAUGUACAACAGCUUUUACGUAGGCUCGGGCCUCCUUUGCUGCAUCUCUGUUGAUCGCUACCUAGCAGUGGUCUAUCCGCUCCACUUUCACUGGGUCAGAGAGGUGCGGACAGCAGCAAUAGUGAGUAUUGCCGUCUGGACUUUGGAGAUUACCAUUCACAUCAUCUUGCUUAACCACACGGGGGCACUACAAGCUUUCUCCUCAAGAAACUUAUGUGAGGAGCGAAUACCCAUGACACAAGAAGACGCCAACCUCGCCCUUACACGUUUCACCCUGGGUUUCUUGAUCCCUUUCUUCAUCAUGACUUUUUGUUUUCAGCAGAUUAUGCAAUCGCUCCAAAAGAACAUUUCCAUCAUGACAGUGGAACGCAGGAAAGUGGGAUGGCUGCUGUUUUACCUUCUUCUAACCUACACAGUGGCCUUUAUGCCCUUCCAGAUUGUCAUGCUGCUAAGGGCCAUACUGGAGCCAGGGACCUGUGCAUGGGCCAAAAGGCUUAGAGAUCCAUACCUGGUCACUGUCGCCACCACCACCAUAAACAGUACACUUGAUCCUAUAAUAUACUGUUUAAUCAGUGAGAGCGCUCAGAGAGAGAUAAGGAAAGCUGUAGAGAAAUGUCGGGGAGUGUUUCUGAGGAGGAGAUUGUCAGAGAAUAAUCUACCACAGCACACAUCUGAUCAACAAUUGCUUUUGUUACAGCAUGUUUUUGUCAUCCGGAAAUGCAGGAUGUGUUGUGAAAUUACCUUCUUCCAUAAAAGGUGUGAGCGUAUACACUCCACAAUGGAAAACUUAACCCUGACCACAAAUAAUUCAGAAUGCUUCCCAGUUGACAGCGCUUCAAGGAGGCGGUUGUUUAUGUUUUUCUACAUGGCUAUCAUCGUCACUGCCAUCCCGUCCAACGCCUUCUCCCUCUACGUGUCAUGGCAGCACAUAAGACAGAAGAAUGGGCUCGGUGUGUAUCUAUUUAACUUGGCCCUGAGUGACCUGACCUUCACCAUCGGCCUGUCUCUUUGGCUGGACUUCUUGUGGAAAGGACUUUGGGUCCACGGAGGCUACGUUUGUGUGCUAUCUGUCUACUUUCUCUACACUAAUUUUUACACCAGUGAAGCUCUCCUCUGCUGCAUCGCUGUCGACCGCUACCUAGCAGUAGUUCACCCAUUUAAGUACACUUUCUUGAGGAGAGUUAAUCCUGCAGCAGCAGUCGGUGUUGCCAUUUGGGUGUUGGUGGUCUGUUUCAACGCUUCUACCAUAACUUGGGAGGACUCCUACCGUGAGAACAACACGUUUGCAGUGUGCUUUGAUAUUUUCCUCCCACUAUCAGGGAACCUUGUCCGGGCUAAUGUAGCACGCUUUAUCCUGGGCUUUAUUGUUCCCAUUCUCCUGGUGGUAUUUUCCACUUGGGGGAUCUGUGAGGCCGUAAAAUCCAAUCAGGCCACAAAGGAACGAGAACGCAAGCAUAUCUUAAAGCUGCUGACAGUAGUGCUGCUUUGUGUUUUGUUCUGCUUUGGGCCUAUCCACGUCAUGAUGCUCCUCCGCACACAAAUGGAUGACUGCAGGGAGGUUGCUUGGCUCCUUUUUCCAUACAAAAUCAGCAUAGCUCUCUCAAGCCUAAAUUGCCUUGCAGACCCUCUGCUUUACUGCUUUAUUACUAGAACGGGGAAGGCAAAUGUCAAUCAGGUUGUUCUGUUCUUCCAGGUAAAGAAGAGUAGCAAUGAUGAAGAUGUGGUAUAGCUUUAGAAAAACUUAACUGGCUAAACAAUAUAACACAUUUGUGGUAAGCUUUAGAGUUAGACUUAAAUAGUCAAAUAUGAUCCUGAUGGUGCAUCAUUUUCAGACAUCAAAUGUAAGAAAAGCUGUCAACUAGUUAAGAUUCUCAGCUAUUAAGCGACAAAGUUGACAAUGUUGAUAUUUGUCUUGUUGUCGACAAAUAUCAUUAUACUACCAAUGGGUUACUCUGUCUCUAAAAAAGACAUCCUUAUACCGGUCUGUGGCACCCAGGCCCCAGAAGUGGUGGAAGAAGUAUUUCUGUGAAGAAGAGAAAUCCUGCAUUCAAAAUCUUACUUAAGUAAAAAUAUGAGUAGAAUAUAUAAUGGUAUAAUAUAAGUAUAAUAUAAGUAUUAGCAAAAGAGUAAAACACAGUACUCCCUGCAAUAAUGGUCCCUUCAUGUCAGUCAUUUUCCUUUAAAAAAAAAGAAGUUUACCUACUGCCCAUAAUAAGUCUCCUCAAGUAGGUCUGUUUAUAGAAUGUUUGCCGUGUCACACUUUGACCCUUGACACACACACCAUACAUCGUUCUGCACACACAAACAUGUUUAAACCGACAGUUUACUUUGCUUGUACUUUACAUCUCUGCUAUCACGGUAAACCUGCUGUGUAUACCCUUUAUCCACCACAUCACUCCUGUCCUCCAACAGCUCCACUGGCUCCCGGUUCAGUUCCGUAUUCAAUUCAAAGUCCUCCUGUUAACAUUCAAAGCCAUCCACAACCUGGCCCCCCCAUAUCUGUCCGACCUCCUCCAUGUUCCCACUCCCUCCGAUCUUCUUCCUCCAUACACCUGUCUGUCCCCUCCGCCCGUCUCAUCACCAUGGGGAGCAGAGCAUUCAGUCACUCUGCUCCCCGUCUCUGGAACUCAUUACCACCCCAACACAGAAACAUGGAUUCAUUCCCCAAUUUCAAAACACAGCUCAAAACACAUCUGUUCAAAAGUGCUUAUUCCACUUGAUAUCAAUUCCUCUGUCACCGUCUAUUGUUUUUAUUUUUUACUUGCAUUGUUGAUUCCUUUUAUUGUCUUUGUGUGUGUAUCAUGUACGGUGUCCUUGAGUGCCGAGAAAGGCGCCUUCAAAUAAAAUGUAUUAUUAUUUAUCAGCAUGGACUUACAUGCAACAUCGGUUCCAAAGAGGAAUAUUUGUCUCUCAACACAGUUAUUCUUUUAUAUAAAAUGUUCUUUUUAAAGGCCAAAAGACAUGCAAAUUUGGCGCCAUUCAUCAUUUGAAUAAAACAUGAGCAGGCGAAUAACAUUAACAAUAACAAACCCGGAGACAUUUAUCACUGGACUACACCCAUACAUUUGACUGGGGUUCUAUUUUAGCUUAUCUAACCACACCAUUUCAAAAACAAACAAACAAACAAAAAAAAAAACAGUGGUUGACAAGGGAAGUGUGUAUUUCAGUUAAAGGGAAAACAAAAAUGUUCUCCUUUUUUGAAAAUAGCUAUUUUCAUUAAAGAAAAAAGGACAUAUUAAAUGAUGAAUAGAAGCUGCAUAGUUCAGUACGAACAAAUGAGAAUCUUUAUUUAGAUGAAACUGCAAUAAAAUGGCUCUUUUCACUAAUAACAGUUUUUAUAAAGUGGUCAAAUGAGUGGCUCUCUGUGGUUAUUUGUGGCUCUCUAGUGGACAAUUCUGGUAGUGCAGAAACUAUCUACACUCUACACUCUUA